AUGAGAAGAUCUCUUGUUAAUAUCAGGCAAUCAGAUAUACGCAGUAAGCCAUAUGUGAAGAAGACACAGAAUUUUAAGAGACAAAGGACGUUGACCGAAUUUCAAAUCCCUGUGGCAUCAAGUUUACCUAUCCGUAAAAGAGAUGGAUUAAAAGUGAUUAUAAAUGAUGGUGACACCCCAAUUGUAUUGGAUGAGGAUGAAAUAGAUUUUAAUACAUUUGAAGGCGAUAAGAGUCAAAAUAUUGAGUCUCAAGAGCCAGAUGAAAGGCAAAAUAGAGAAAAUGUCAAUGAGAAAACUGAAAUAACCGAAGAAUUAGAGAUGAAUGAAACUCUAGAUUCUACUCAUAUUACAAAUCAUGCAGAACCCUUAGUUGCUUUAGUUGAAUCACAGGAAAGUGUAAUAGAAAUUAUAGAAUCAGACAAGGGGAAUACCAUGAAUGAAGUGCAGAAAGAAUCUUUUGAAACUGAAAUGUCCAUCACUACUACACCUACCACUGGUAUUACUCAUAAAUAUACAGACCAAAUCACGUCAAUAAAAUGCCCUAUUUGUGAUAUUGAUAUAUCUGGAUUAGAAUUGUAUGCACGAGAAGCACACUGUGAACAGUGUUUUGAUGUUAAUUUAACCAAAGUAUCCACAAAUAAAAUGGAACUUAUGUUAAAAAGUUCCCCAAAAAAACAAUUAACAGAGAACAAUAAGAAAGAAACGAAGUUGAGGAUGGCAACGAAAAAAAUGAAAAAGAAAAAGAGAAUAAAACAGAGAUUACCUCUACCAUCAAUCAAAAUAUUAAAUUUUAAAUCCGGAUAUAAACUGGUAGUAGAUGGAUUUAAUUUCGCACCUGAUCCAAAUAUAGAUAUGUAUUUUCUUUCACAUUUCCAUUCAGACCAUUAUAUGGGAAUAAAUAAAUCAUGGGAUAAUGGGAGAAUAUUUUGUUCAAUAAUAACUAGUCAACUACUUCAAUAUAAAUUUAAAGUCCCUGCUGAACGAAUAUUUGAAUUAGAGAAUGAUACGUGGAUUCAUAUAAGUGACCAUAUUGAGGUCAUGGCUAUGGAUGCAAAUCAUUGUCCAGGUGCAAGUAUAUUUUUAUUUCGAGAAUGGGAUAUUAAUAAAACUAUUGUCAAACAAAUUCUUCAUACAGGAGACUUUCGAGUAACCGAACAAUUGACUAAUAAGAUUAGUAAUGUAUUAAAAAGUGGUAUGGAUCUAAUUGAUGGGAAAGAGGUAUCAAUGAAUAAAUAUAAAAUAAUCGAUGAAAUAUAUCUAGAUACCACGUAUUUAAAUGUAGGAAACUCACAUCCUACACAAAAUAACGUUAUAACUACUGCAGCCCAAUAUAUUAAAGCAUAUUUUGAUGAUCUUACUAAUAAACAAUCAGAUGGAAAAAGUGAUAAUAUUCUUGAUAAAUUGGUUAAACAUCGACAGAACAAGGAUAAAAAAAAUAUUGUUCUUGUUGGAUCAUAUUCUAUUGGGAAAGAAAAACUAGCUCAGGGCAUUGCUGAAGCAUUAAACUAUGGGGACACCAGUAUAUACAUCAGAGAAAAUGAUACUCUAAGAAAAUGUUUUAUACCAAACGGUAAACAAUUAUCAUUGAACAAAACUCAUGGAUACGUUGAUGUACAUAUUGUACCUUUAAAUAUUCUAAAAGAUGAAUCCAAAAUAUGUGAAUAUAUUAAGAGGACGUAUUAUGGGAUAACGUGGCUUGAUGUGAACCUUAUUGGUAUUAUACCAACAGGCUGGACGUUCUCUGGACAUUGGAGUUAUCAAAGAAGAAAUGUAAAGGAGAAAGCAGAAAUUGUCGAAAAGAUAUUAAAUGGUAAUACUUAUGGUGAUUAUAUAGAUAAUAUAUGGUUCGAAACGCAGAUAAUACGACGUAAUCAAAAAAAAUUAAAAGAACGUGGUAAAUUUGAUAUUUUUAAUGUCCCAUACUCUGAGCAUAGUAGUUUCCCUGAAUUAAUACAAUUUUUAUCAUCAAGGGAUAUAUAUUGGAAAAAUAUUCUUCCUACAGUAAAUCUGGAUAAAUUAGAUGAUAUGAGAGAGUGGUUUGAAACUAUUUCAAAAAUUAAAGAAGAUAAUGGAAAAAUAUGA